AUGAGACGGCGAAGGGAUGAAAAACCUGCUGCUAGAAUGGUGUCCAUUUUGUUCUUCGCCUCGGCAUUUUUGUUGCUUCCACUUCCGUGCCAGGGCAAGAAGAGCGAUGCGGAAUAUCUGUAUCGAGUAAUGCCUCGGGAGGAAUCCUCUCCCAUUAUUGAUUAUGCUCCUCCGCUCAACAACGAAACCAAAAACAACAUGGGUGGGUCAGCGCUGUAUCAUCCCAACUUUCUCUACUCUACCUUUGGACCAGCCGCUGUGGCGAGGGUUGUCGAGUUUUACGCUCCCUGGUGUCCUCACUGCCAGCACUUUGCGCCCAAGUAUGUCAAAUUUGCACGGCGAAUGAAUGAAAUUGUCAAACCCUACGGAAUUCAAAUAGAUUUUUAUGCCGUGUCGUGUACUGUCAACAAAAAGGUGUGCAAACAGCAAGAUGUCCGAGGAUAUCCGACGGUAAAGGUUUUUGCAGCUGGAUCUAGCAAUGCCACUGUGACCAAGUAUUUUGAUCUGCAUCCCUUUCAAGUCUUGAGGGAUAUUGGGAUCAAUAUUGAUCCAGUCGACGCUGCUGAAGAGGAACACCCUGCUGCUGAAAGCGCAGAGGAGAGAAAUCUAAAGAGCAAAGGACAGAAUGCCAAAAAGUUUGUUCUCAACCUGCCAUCCAUCAAAAAACGGUCCAAGGCCGAUCUGUAUGCCGAUGCCUAUCGAUCCUUCCACUUUGCAAUGAAGACCGGCGUCUUUAUGGCCAAUGGACCAUUGCCCAACAAAACAGUCCCAAUCUUGUACAAUUGGCUGGAACUACUACAAAGCACAUUACCGCCAACGUGGAAUAUACAUCCACUCAUUAAGAAAAUGUUGCAAGAAUUUGACCACAUUAUCAAAGGGGAAGAUCAAUUGCUCGAAGUGAUUGACCAGUUCCCACCAAUCAGCAAAGAAUGGAGUCCUUCCUGUACAAAGGGUGUGGAAGCCAUGGGGUACACUUGUGGAUUAUGGGAAUUAUUUCAUAUCAUGACGGUCGGUGUGGUAGAGUACAAUGAGAAAGUUGUGAAUGAUGAUGGAUAUUCGUUCUUUCGCACGGAACAAGUCGCCAAUGACUUGCGCAAUUACAUUGAACACUUCUUUGGUUGCGAUGUCUGCCGAAUGAAUUUCCUUCAUGCAUUUGACAACUGCGCCUUGGAUCGGUGCAAUCGUUUAUCGGAUCAAGUGGGAGACUUGGCCGCCUGGAAGCAACUCCCAAUUUGGCUGUUUGAAACGCACAAUGCCGUCAAUGUCAGAUUGAUGAAAGAGCAAGCAGAACGAGACAAGCGGCCAACGACGCAUCUAGAUGAAAUGAACGUUCAAUGGCCUUCUCGGAUCGACUGUCCCAAAUGUUGGAACCCAGAUGGAUCCUGGGACGAAGGGAUUAUGUAUCUCUUUAUGUUUGAUCAGUAUUGGCCGGACGAUGGAAAAACCUCUCAAGUGACGCGACGGGCAUUGUUUCAGUCAACAAUCAACGCCGAACCAGAUGAUUUGGAAAGUGAAGGUUCCUUCAUGGGAACAGCUCUCAAGUUCAUUCCAGUUUUGAUUGUGCUGGGUACGAUAGCCUAUUUUUACAAAAAGAGAAGCGACUUGUGGAAGACAGGUCGUCACAAGAAACGAGAUUACUAG